UCGUCUCUCACCUAGGAACUGGAGAGCGAAUAUACCUGGCCAUACUUCUCCCCUAUAGGAGGAGGCUAGUUCAGUUUGUUUUUUGUAAUUCAAACGACAAAUCAUAAUGAUUUCAAGAAUACUGUUAGGUUUGGGCUUGAUGUAUCUGUGUAGUGGCCAGAUACAGGAUCAAACAAGGGUUCCCGAGGCCAGUGGCUCUGCCGUAGUGGAGGCUGUGAUCAAUCUCAUCCACGAGUCCUGUAUAUUCCCAAGCGACAAACUCUACCUCCGAAGGUUGGCAUAUGUUGAAUCCAAGGACGGUACGGCUAACGACACCUACAGGUUCGGGUACUAUGGUGGAAUUUGGCAGAUUGACGAGGACCAGUUCCUACAGACACAAACGUCUGGGAUGCUGGCUACAGCCAGGGCUCUCCUUAGGAACACUCUUACUAUCGACUGGUCAGCCGCUAGGUGGGAGGACCUGAGGAAGCCUCUUUACUCCGGGGUGGCUGCAGCUCUGUAUACGCUCCUGAAGGCGGGCUCGGAUUCCCUUCCAAGCUCAGUGGAGAAGCAGAGCUCAUUCUGGAUCAACACCACCAAGCACACCAUUUUUGAGGCCCAUGCAUACUACAGUGCAGUAAACGAGUUACAGGGAGGAUGUCGCAGCACCAAUGCUAUUGACUUAGUUUUCGUCCUGGACAGCUCAGCUAGUCUGUCUCCUACCGAUUUUGACAUUACAAAGAAGUUUGUUAGUGAUGUGAUCGACCAGUUCGACAUCGGAACACAAACUGUUCGUGUUGGAGUGGUAGAAUUCAGCACAGCUGUUAAGGCCUCUUUCCUGCUGAACCAAUUCAAUUCCAAGGAUGCAGUAAAGAAGGCGGUCGAUGGUAUUGUCUACAGUCCAGGCGGUACCAAUACUGCAGCCGCCAUUGACAAAACCGUCAAUGAAGUCUUCUCUACCGUUAAUGGUGCACGGAACGGUGCGGCUAAGGUGAUGAUUUUGAUCACUGAUGGUAGGUCAGAAAACACAGUUAACACACAAAUUGCUGCCAACAACGCCAGAAGAAGUGGAAUUACCAUCUUCACGCUCGGAGUCACACAAAGUGCAAACAAGAUCGAAUUAGACGGGAUUGCCAGUGCUCCUAGCUGUACUCACUCACAAAUUCUCAACAGCUACGCUGACUUGGACAGUCUGAAAACUGAAAUCCAGAGUGUUUCAUGUAAAGCCGCCGCCAUCCUGACCCCAAACAACUACCAGUACAAUUGUGGAAGUGACAUCAACGUGCAGAUCUUACCCAACAUCACAGCAGGCACCACAGUCACGAUCACACCAACUGAUGGCACCGUCUCAGUGUUUGGAUCUCUGACGUCAGCAAACCCCAGUCCUGUACUGAAUGAGUUCUACAAAAUCGCCGACAUCAACGCUGGUCAGUCGUUCUAUGUGAGGGGUAACAGGUCAGUGGCUCUGGCCGUCAUGUCCACAUACCCUACCAAGACGUGUGCCGGAAACUUUAACAUUACAGUAGAGGAGGGAAACAAUAUCCGACCAUAUAACAACCUAUUGUGUAUAGAAGCUGGACGGAUCAUUGUCAACUGCUCAGCCCAGACACUUUUCGGUAGCCAGUACAUGAUUGUCCCUCCACCGUACUCUAUCCCCAACCCAUGCUCAGGCAGUCGUAUCCAGAUCUUCCCACACCCUCUGAGGAACGACCGCUUCUUGUACUGUGAUGGACAUGGUAACGUGUUUGAAGUGCUAUGUCCAUUUAUGGAAGUAUUUGAUCUUCAGGCACAGACGUGUGUACCAGGAAUGCCGAUGACCUUCACUCUCCCCAGGACCACCAUGACCCCUCUGCCGUCAGUUACACCAAGACCAACGAACGCUGUCGUCCAGACUGGCAACCCCUGCACACCAGAAAACAUUCUAAAUGGACUAUUUUUCUUUCCAUAUCCUAACGAUGAUCAGGCAUACAUCGAAUGCUACAAUCUCCCGUAUGUUGCUGUGGUGAAGUUCUGCGAUCCUCACCACUUCUGGGACCAGGCCACACUCACCUGUCUGUACCGAGAGGUUGUUGUAGAUCCCACCAAGGGCUCCUUUGGAUCUAACAGUAAGCCAUGUGGAACCGUUCCUGAUCUUUUCUUCUACCCUCAUCCCAGUGAUCCCCAGAAGUAUAUUCACUGUGACCAGUAUGGAGACGCCUUCGAGAAAGUAUGCAAACCCUACUUCAUUUGGAGGCAGGAUAUCCUCAAUUGCGUGCCAAGAGGUCUGUUCGUCAUGAGUACUGUUCCCGUCCCAGUUGUAGGCAAAAAAUAAACAAUAGGCAAUUUUCUUGAGUCAUGAACAGAAAUUAUCAGCAACAAUCAAUGUCCGACUUAUGGCUGAAUGACAAUAUGUAGUAAAAGUGAAAGCAGCAUGUUAUUAAUGAUUACAGAAAUGUUGGCCGUAUUCAGUAAAAUCCAUCAUCACUGUGACAGAAUCGUAUUACUUUUUCACCAACUGGUAACGAUAACGAAGUUAUAUCAUGAAUGUGAUAUACCCAGUUCCACAUUAGCUAGAUAGAUAUUGCAUUAUACAAUGCAAAUGUAUCAUUAAACAUUUAAAGCUACGUAAUAAACUAUUUUUUACAACA